AGCGCCCGUGGGGAGCGCGUGUGCGCGGGGCCGCGGGGCCAGGCUUAUCCGCGCUGGGUCUUUGUGCGCGUCGGGGAGGCCGGGCGGGCAUCCUGGUGGCGGACGGGCUUCCCUGCCUGGGAUGACUUUAAAGUCCCCAGGAAAAACCAUUUUUCUUCUCUGGAGGGUGAACAUUUAUAGCAUCGAUUUCACGGAUCUGGUAACAUGGCAAAAGAUGCCGGUCUAAUUGAAGCCAACGGGGAACUCAAGGUCUUCAUAGACCAGAACCUUAGUCCUGGAAAAGGUGUGGUGUCCUUAGUGGCUGUCCAUCCCUCCACAGUAAACACGCUUGGGAAGCAGCUCUUGCCAAAAACGUUCGGACAGUCCAAUGUCAACAUCGCUCAGCAAGUGGUAAUUGGUACGCCUCAGAGACCUGCAGCGCCAAACACUAUCGUGGUAGGAAGCCCACACACCCCUAACACUCACUUUGUCUCCCAGAACCAGCCUUCAGACCCCUCACCUUGGUCUGCCGGGAAGCGUAACAGGAAAGGGGAGAAGAACGGUAAGGGGCUGAGGCAUUUCUCCAUGAAGGUCUGCGAGAAGGUGCAGCGGAAGGGGACCACGUCCUACAACGAGGUGGCGGAUGAGCUGGUGGCAGAGUUCAGUGCUGCCGACAACCACAUCUUACCGAACGAGUCGGCCUACGACCAGAAGAACAUCAGACGGCGUGUCUACGACGCCCUGAACGUGCUGAUGGCCAUGAACAUCAUCUCCAAGGAGAAGAAGGAGAUCAGGUGGAUCGGACUGCCCACCAACUCCGCCCAGGAGUGUCAGAACCUGGAGGUGGAGAGACAGAGAAGGCUGGAAAGAAUAAAGCAGAAACAGUCGCAGCUCCAGGAACUUAUCCUGCAGCAAAUCGCCUUUAAGAACCUGGUGGAGAGGAACCGCCGGGCGGAGCAGCAGGCCAGCCGGCCGCCCCCCGCCAACUCCGCCAUCCGCCUGCCUUUCAUCAUCGUGAACACCAGCAAGAAGACGGUCAUCGACUGCAGCAUUUCCAACGACAAGUUUGAGUACCUGUUUAAUUUUGACAACACGUUUGAAAUCCACGAUGACAUUGAGGUGCUGAAGCGCAUGGGGAUGGCCUGCGGCCUGGAGUCCGGGAGCUGCUCCGCCGACGACCUGAAGGUGGCGAGAAGUUUGGUGCCGAAGGCGCUGGAACCCUACGUGACAGAAAUGGCUCAGGGAUCACUCGGCGGUGUCUUUGUCACGUCGGCAGUUUCAACUGCCAACGGCACAAGGCUCUCUGCCAGGUGGUUCCCAGUUACAAGAAAAGCUGCAACGAGCAGCCUGAUGGCUCAGUUUUCCACCCUUCCUGGCUUGGUCGCCAGGCUGGCUUUCCCAGAUGUGGGAUUACUUUGUCGAAGAGCAGCGUCAGUAAAUACCAGUGAAAGGUAUUAAGAUACAUGCGUGUGAUUUUCUGCCAGCGGGAAAACACCUUUAACGUCAGGCAUCUGUGCAGCUCUGGCCUGUGGGGCUUCUGUGGUGCCGCUGGCCUCGCAGGGUCCUGACCCGCGUGGCGGGACAGGAGCCCUUUUACUCAGUCAUCGCCCUCCCCCUGCCCCGUGCCGUCCGAUUCAAGUGUAUCACGGCCGCGUUUCCAGGGUGGUUCUGACCCUUUCGUGUCCUGUUAUCUUUAAACAGACUCACGGUUUACCAAAUAAGCUCCCCCGUUUUGUGGAGAGCGGUUGAAGGCCACAGGUCGGGCGCAGAGAGGAAGCCGUGAGGACCCCCCGGGGGUGCCGCUGUGUCUCCGCGUGGAGACAGGCCUCCUCCGAGUCUGGGGCCUGGAGGACCUGUGUCAAGUUGUAGCCCUAGGUCGGGGUCCCCUCGGGACCUUCCCUUGCUGUUCAGCUCAGACAUGAAGACACUGAAUGACUUGUGAUGGUACCUGAGCAAGUUGUAGCUCAGAAGAAACGGCGCCUUCCCUCCCCUCGCGGUGGGCGUGGCUGUCUCCCCUUGGUGCCCUGGGACCGUAACUGACCACAGCUGACCCUCCGCGUCUCGUGUGCGCUGUGCUGGGACGCGGGCGGUGGCUGAAGCCGGGGGUCUUUGCCCAGGAUUCCGGCUCCUAAAGCCCCUCCGUUCUAGGCCGGGGUCUCGCCCGCGGGCCUGUUGACAUUUUGGGCCGGACCACUCUUUGCUGUGGGUGCUGCCGUGCCUUGUGGGGCACUGGGUUGUGCCCUCGGCCUCAGAUGCUAGCACCCCCCGCCCCAGUUGUGGCAACCAGAGGUUGUCAUGUGUUUCCGGAUGAGGCUCCCAGGAGCGUGAUGCAAACGCGGGUGGGUUCCGGCGACCCAUUUGAAGACGGGGGCGCGGGGCUGGGCAGCUCUGGCUGCUCUAGAACCCUGCCCCGCAGCUCUGCCCCCUGGGUCUGUGGUCCCCGCCUGGGCCCGCCCCAGGGACCCUCGUCAGGCGGCAUUCCAAAAAAUAAAACCUGCAAGAGCCGUGGGUCCUCGGGGCCGUCCUGGAGGCGCAGGCUGCAGUGAGACGCGCCCGUCACCCUCAGCUUCCUGGCUCAGCACGGACGCCGGAGGAGCUGAGGGUGGGGCCUGGGACGGAGUUUCCACGAGCGGGCACACGCACACGCCAGCACACGCUCACUGGGUGCCCCUUUACUCCCCGGCUCCCACCCUUCGGGGAGGGCAGGGAAGUCACGGGCGGAGGCCUGGGAGGAGAGUCUCGGGGGUCCUCCGGUUGCUGUGCCUGAGUCUCGCUUCUGACGUGAUGAUAAAUGGGGAGGACUCAGUGUCGGGGCCCUGCCGGGGCCCCUCGUCCAGUGGUGAUGUGUGAAGGGGGCGUGACGGGUGAGGUCAGCCUCAGGAGUGUUGGGUUCUGCGCUGCACGUGGGUGAGGUUUUCCGUUUCUGUUCGUGUAGCUGAGAACACCCAGACCUCCCGGGGACGCCGGCCCGUCUCUGGCGCCGCAGACGCGGCC